UCUCGCUUGAUCGUCUUUUUCCACCAACUACCCUUUUUUCUAUCUUUGCCAACGCUCAUUAUCUACAUUCUUUUGUUACUUUCUUAUCAUGUCUCCCGUUUUCCUGUCUUCCAGCUCGAGUAUCAUAUCCACGCCGUUCUCUCUGUCCUUGCAGGUCAUCCCGCCCACUCUUUUGCUGAUUCUGUCGCUAGUGUCCGCCGUCCUUCUAGCUCGUUCAUCUCCUUUUAGCCGAAACAAACUUGUCCUAAAUAUUCUCUUGGCACUCAAUACUGUCCUACCCGCCAUCGCUAGCGGACUUGGCCUCGGAGCGUCGCUCAACCAUGUCCAGCUCCUUCAGCGCCUUUGGAAUGUCUUUUUGGCCUUGCAUGCAUGUCUCUUAUCUUUGAGUUCGCUGUACGUAUUGUUCGUGGCCACCACGCCAGAUUCUCUGGUUCCCCACCGCGCCUUCCGCUUCCUAGCGGUCUUGGUGACAACAUUUCUCAUAUGCGCAACAAUCGCUGGCUCAAUUGCAAGCACUCCCACUUUGCUUUCACCAACAUUCUCUCUUAUCUCACGAAGUCUUCAACUCCCCCUCGCUAUUGGAAUCUUCCUUGAUAUACGCUCCGCUAUCGCCGUUGCAGCUCCAUUCACCAAGAUAUCCGAGAAAGUUCCAGCAGGUCCCGAGAGCUCAGCUCGCCCGACCAUCGGUCAGAAUAAAUCUAGACGGGUCAGCUCACCCACUCCUGACACCUGGCCUUUCCCAGCCUCAUUGGUGCAUACUCAGUCGACAUGCGACCGCUCGUCCGCCAAAAGUGCAAAAACUGUCGUAAAUUUACCACCAUCACUCACCCUCACUCACUCAGGGCAAGAAAACAGUGAGAUACCUGAGGGAAGGGCGGCAAUAAGCUGGCAUUACAAGGAGAUGCGUCUUCCCGUUACCAUGUUAGCCGCGCAGGCAGCUGCUAUAGUAUGCGCAGCAUUGAAAAUCGCUUUAGCAAUCGUUGCAAAGAAUUCUCCAUCCUGGGCCGCUUUGCAAGCCCCAGAUUCAGUGACAGCAUCGCAACCGUCGCAAAAUUCUGACGUAACAGUUGCCGCUGGACUUGUUAUCGCUCACUCCGUCUGUUCGCUGUUCUGGGCGAUGGGAGUGGUCACUACCCUUUAUUUACUUCCGUCUGUCGUUAAGUCGACCCUGCCGACCCUGCCAACUUCUGUCAAUCAUACAGCGGACUCCUCGGUACCGAAAGCUAUGGAAUUUCCCAACCGUCGCAUCGCAAAGCACUCCCUUUCGCGGGGCAUGUCUUCGGACUCGGCCUCCGAUUUUCUCUCCAUGAGGGAUCCUUUUGCUUCCCCGCCUCCCCCGCCUCCUCCCACCAUCGCCCUUGGAAUUGCUGAUUUGAAUCAUGUGCAAUUUAGGGACGUAGCCGCCCAAUAUCGUUUUCCCGCGCCCAAAGCUAGGAAGGCUAAAGGAAGAUGCAAGAGACGAAUGGGAUUGAGGGUGAGAGCGUUGGAACACCAAGCCUCAGCACAGGCUUUGAUCCCUUCUCGUCCCCCUCCGGCUCACAUCAAUGAGGGAGAACGUGGCCUUGGAGAUGAGGUCCUAAUGGCACAACUUCUUCUGCAGUCUCUGACAGCAGGUACUGAAGCGGAAGCGGAAUCCAGCAGCUCAACGAGAGCAGCAGCAACGAACCAUGUGUUACCUUUUCCUGAACCUACUGUGCAGGUCGAGAGGCUGGGGUCAAGGUGGAGUACUAGCACAACGGCUCUGUCGGCAUCGACAGGCACUGUUUGGAGCGAAAAGAGAUCACGGGCUUCUUCUAGCACUUCAGCCUCCGCGCCUGCAGGUGGGAGUAAAAGUUCGGAUGCGAGAAAAUCAUCCGCUACGGGGUUCUCGGCUUCCUCCGUCCCACCUAACUAAGACAGCAUGACCCUUUACACGCAUUACUCCCUUGACGGCUUCUCAUCGUCCCUUACGGUUCUUAACUCCUUUUGUGUUGACUCGACAUCCAUCCAAUUCUCCGCGUUUAGCAGCCACACGGUCGUCACUGUCCUUACUCGUCGUCGUUGUAUUUUGAUCGCCC